AUUCGAGAAGAACUCACGCAAUGGAUCAAAGAGAAGUUCCUCAACUUGAAGAUCGACCAGUCGAUUGUUACGCAUGAUCACUAUUACAAUUCAUCAUGCAUCGAAUCCAUCAAAGUAGUGGAUGUCUCCGGCGAACCGAGCCCGCACGGCAUCUUCCAGUUGAAAGAUGUCAUCCUGGACGUACAGGCAUACAGAAUGCACCAGAACGACCAAUCCGAACCUCUUGUGGCCGACGAGCCUGAGGAUGGUAACUCGCAGUCAACGUCUGUUCAGAUCCUCCCUCAUCGAUCGUGCAUGGAGACCUGGGACAGCCUUGUAUUUGAAGAUCUGGUCCACAAGCAGAUGCUUCGAUAUCUCACACGGAUGAUCAGCCUAACCAAGAACCCGAAAAUGAACCUCUCCGCGAUCAACUGGAACCGGAUCGUCCUAUUCCAUGGCGCCCCGGGUUGCGGCAAAUCCAGCCUCUGUCGCGCCCUUGCGCACAAGCUCACCAUCCGCCUGGGCAAGCUCUUCGCGCAAGGAAAGCUGAUUGAAGUCCAUUCGCAGUGUCUGAUCAGUAAAUGGUUUGGGGAAAGCGGCCGCCUGGUCGCCAAGCUCUUCGAACAGAUCGAGGAAGUGGCGCGAGAAGACGAAAGCACGCUCGUUUGUGUCCUGAUUGACGAGGUGGAGAGCAUUGCCGGCCGGCGGGAGAGAUCCGUUGCUGGUAACGAAGCCGUCGAUUCUCUGAGGGCCACAAAUCAACUACUGACAGCACUCGACCGAUUGAAGACGAGAACAAACAUACUAAUCAUGUGUACAAGCAAUAUUGUGUCCGCACUAGAUCGCGCAUUCCUCGACCGAGUUGAUGACAUCCAACACAUCAAAAGUCCAUCCAAGAACGUCGCCUACGAAAUCUUCCGGUCCUGCCUCACCGAGCUCGUCCGCUGCGGCAUCUUUACCCCCGACGCAUCAUCUACGACCGCCUCCCCCACAUCUCUGUCCUCCGACCAAUCCGAAUGGGAACUGGUUCAAGGCAUGUCCCUGGCGCGACUCGAGGAGGUGCGGAUGGAAAUCUGGAACCAGCCGGUCCCUCCCGCGUACGCGCAUCCGUCCAAACGCUUGUGGGAAAUCGCGCAGAAGUGCGAGGGGUGGAGCGGCCGGACGCUACGUAGGCUGCCCAUUCGUGCGUUGGCGAAGUACACGUAUGGGGAUUGCUCGAUCGAUGAUGCGCUGGAUGCGAUGGCCAUGCUGGUGGAUGAGAGAAUGGAAGAAUCGGAUAUGGGAACUGUGGCUGAUGCGCCGGCGAUGGAGAAUAGCGGAUGA